UGCUCUCUACUUCCUAGCUAUGGCGAAGCUUUUGAUCUUCUACUAUUUCCUUGCUCUUGCCUUGCUUACCGUGUGCAGCGCGAGAGAUACACUGGGUUCUGGAGAAACCCUCUACCAAGGUGACGAGCUUCGCUCCCAAAGUGGCUACGUCUCGCUGCGAAUGCAGAGGGAUUGCAACUUGGUGCUGUAUGGAGGCCAGGGGGAUUUCAAUCCUAUCUGGGCAAGCAACACAGGCGGGAGCGGGAGGAAUUGCUACCUCACCCUCCAACCCGAUGGAAACCUGGUUGUAUACGAUGGCAAUAGGCGCGCACUUUGGGCAAGUGGUACUGAUAGAAGUGGAGGCAACACCUUGAGAGUUCAGGACGAUGGAAAUGUGGUCUUGUAUCGUCCAGUCUGGUCUACAAACACAGGGCGUGUCAACUACGAUUUCAAAGUUACUGGCGAGAAGAACUCAUCCUCCUCCAUGGCUCUUGAGUGAGAGAGGAUUGAGAUAAGAUAUGGUCCGCCUCCUUUGUUCACUGAAAUUCAUUCUUCUUAUAGAAUGAAUAUGUUCUUAAUCUGACGGCUAAUAUUUGUACCCUAUGAAUAACGGUCUAGAUUUAAACACGCGUGGUAACUUUAUUGUGAA